AUGCCUUGCCUAUCAGCCUGCAAUGUCCGAUUUGUGAGCGCUGAUGCGCAGCUUAAGCAGAAGUGCCAGGAGUUGAGGGCGCGAGCCCAGACCGCCGCGUAUCGUCCACCCAUUGGAGGAUAUAGACCAUUGACAUCUCGCACUGCACUCCAAGGCUGCUUUCAGAGAGCAAAUGACCAGUUUGCGGCCUUUGAUCAAAAGCAACUCAAGCGCAACGAGCGCGAAAGAAGGCGUAAUCAGGGCGCUAAGGAGCUUGUUCUACGGACCGCCGAUUUGAAUCGUCUGAAAGAGAAGUGCAAGUUUGCUAGCAUUCAUGACAAACUGCAGUCGCUAGAACAGAGUGAGACGGAGCAUCGAAAGCAGCUGCAACUGGUGAAGGAGACGAAGCAGCGCUUCAAGCAGAUCGACGAUGCUCGUAAGGCGCAAGCCGACGGCAGCAAGAAUAUCAGCAACGUCGACGAGGCUUUGGAGGAGCAAAAUACUGUGCUCAGUCGAGCUAUACUGGCUAAGCAGGAACAGGAGGAGGAGGUGAAGCAAGUCAAUCGCAUGAUUCUCGACGCCAAGUGCAAGGCAGUUAGAGAGGCCCAAAUCCAAGAGAAGCAACUAAUGGCUAGAGCCCUCCGCGAAGACGACGAGCGCCUGGCCAAAAUGGUAAACGAGCGAGCGAAGGAGGCGCUCAAUGCGGACGACGAGCGCGAGCGCCUCGAAAUCGAAAAGCGCGCAAAGUAUGCACAGGAAAUUCGUCAACAACUGAGUGAGCGCGAAAACAAACGCUUCCUGGAGGCCCAGCGGGUGGCUGACGAGGCCAAGCAUCUGCGCAAGGCGAGCGAGCUGCUGCGGGAAGAGGAGGAGCGCCAGCGGAGCUUUGUGCAACUGCGAAAGGUGCGCUUCCGCGAGGAAUUGCAGCGUAUUCGAGACAUGUCGAAUGUUUUCAAGACUAUGCUCAGCGAGCAGGAGCGACUGGCGGACCUGCGUGUGGCUGCCUACAUGCGCGAAAAACAGGAGAAGGAGCGCCAGCUCAAGGACAUGCAGAAAGCAAUGAAGAAGCAGUUCGAGAGAAGACAGCAGCGCAUCUUCACAAUAGCCACGGAGGCCCAAGAAACACGUCAAACUAACGAGGAGCUUAAGUACCUCAAGGAACGCAAUCGAGUGGAGCGUGAGUAUCGCCAGCGGGAGAAGCAGAUGGCAAUGGCUAAGCGCGAGGCCGAGCGCGAUUUGCUCCAGAGUCGCGCCCUGCAGGCGCAGGAAAUGAAGCAGCGCCUGGCCCAAGAGAUUGCCCAAGCCGAGGAAGACUUCAACAAACUGUUGACACGCAUGCGAGACGAGGAGGAGAAGCAAAAAAGACUAGACCUCGAGCGCGAGCAGCGCACUCAAGCGUAUCGGAGGGAUCUGAAGCAGCAAAUGACAGACAGGAAGGAAGAACGACGUCGCCUAACGGACAUCGAGCAUGAACGCAUGCAGAAGUGGAUGGACCAGGAACGCCAACGAGAUGCCAACAUCAUGCAGGUGAUCAGCUCCAAAAUUGCAUCCAUGCGCGACAACUGCCUGCCCGAGAAGUACCUGCAGGAUGUGGAAAAGCAGCUCAAGAAGAUCCAAAGCAGUCGCAAUCGCAUUCGCUAA